CUCAGUGGAUGGCCUUGUAUGGAAUCGUACUACAAUCUACCAUCGGAUGUUAUUUUGACGAUUGGAUAUUAUGGUAACAACAACUUUUCAAUUUUAUCAUUUGAGGAGGUGGCUAGACCCCAAGAUUUACCGCCUUUUCAUAGCAGAAACGUGUUUUCCAGAGACAUAUAUUUUUUCGACGUAGAUCUCCAUCCGUUCAGUGUUGAUAUUCCAAAAUUAAAAUUGCAGGAGGAUUUUGCAAUCUUCCUUAGAGAUCAUGCAUAUGAAUACAUUGUGUUGUGCGGUGACAACGGGAAGAAUAAGUUCAUGUCUACCUUAAAAAUUGAAGAUCCUCGCAGAUGCAAGAUAGGAUAUGGAUGGGAUGAAUUUUGCAAGUCCAACAACUUCAAAUGCGGAGAUAGGAUCCGAUUUAGGUUAGAUGUUACUUCCCCGGACAAAACUUGUUAUGUGUAUUUAAUUGCAUGAGGUUAAUUUCGUCAUAUGA